AUGCUAUCGUUACUUUCCCUGAUCAUCGCGUCAGGGACAGUUCUCAGAGCUGAUACAGAGCUUUGGGAACCUCUUACAUAUCCUGAUCCAAGAACCAAUUCCACUGAAUGCAACGUUCCACAUGAUGGAACUCUCUGUGAUCCGGAUCAUAUUUUAACUGACACGUGGCGACAAACCAUAUUAGACAAUAUUGAGCAGCACAUGGCUAAACUGGAAGACGCCAAAAUCCAGUACACGGAAAACGCAAGCCCCGAAUGCAGCUCUAAUAGCACGGGACCUGUUCAAAUUUUCAUGCUUCUCGCUAAACGGAUACAUUCUGCAAGCAAUCAGAGUAUCACUACUAAUGACUUGACUCAAUUUGGACAUGGCAUCAGAGAAGCAUUCAAUCUGGAUAGUAUGUCUUGCAAAAAUUAUGUGUUGAUUGUUGGAGUAGAAUUGGCAAAAGAUACUUUUAUCUGGACUGGAACAGACCUCCCCAUUUCAAAAGAAACUCUUGAUAACGCAUUAGCACAAUACAAGAACAUGUUUUCUGAGAAAAACUAUAUGGAAGGAUUGAACAAAAUUGUCGGCGAAAUCAGUUCCUUGAUUAUGGAUCCUAACAGAGAUUUGUCCACUACAGCAGCUCCAGAAGUUUCCACAGAAGAUGCAACCACUAAUUCAGAUACUUCAAGCCCAUCCAAUCAAACUGAAACUGUUAUUCCAUCAUGGAUGUAUGUGAUAAUCACUGUAUGUGUCAUCGUCACUGCUAUGAUUGUGAUUUUCUUCGUUUUCUUCAUUAUCAAAUAUCUAAGAAGCCGUUCCAAAUCAGCUCAAAUCUAUCCAAUAGAAACGAGUCAAAAGUCAGGGGGGCCAAUUUUCAAUGUGAUCAAACAUGACAGCAAUGGAAAUGAAAAUUAUCGACUAGAAGGGGGAAUCAUUACGAAUAGAAGACCAAGUAUUGACUCUGAAAAUAGUCAUCAACCAAUGAGUGAACACAGUGAAUGUACAGCCGAUGCCAGUUCCAUAAUAAGCGAGGAUCACGCUUCGGGAGAUAUGGGUCGUCCGGAUUGUUUUGAAACAAAUCCAACAGAAAAUUUAACCACCAUUCCAAAGGUAACAAUAGAUGAUGGACACCUCUCAACGGAUCGAGUAAUUGCUAGACGGAAUAGUGAUAUGCGACUCGCACCUCCACCCAUCGAGGAUCAAUUCUCUUCAUUGUGA